GGUGGGAAGCCUUUCAUCUCUCUGAAGGGCCCAGAGCGGAGGACAGUCACUUCAAAUUCAGUGCCUUUUACCUGCACCGCUGGCCUUUUCCGCUCUCGGAACCUCAGUGUUAACUGGUUUAAGGACAACAAUGAACUUCCAGCCUCAGUCCCACAGCGGCUGCCUAUCAGCAGAGACGUUUACUAUGUCACAAGCAAGUCAUCAGUGACAUUGGACAAACAAGAUAUCCUUUCUCAGAUCACCUGUGAAGUCACCCACAGGGACCUCGAUGAGCCCCUAAAAAUGACCAUCAGUCUUUCUCAAGUGCUCCUAGUUAGCCCCACACUGAAGAUCACCACUGAGUCCCCAGAGAUCCGUGAUCAUCCGCAUCAAAGAGUGAACCUGACUUUCCAUGUCAACCACUUCUACCCCCAAAACGUGCACCUCACCUGGGCUAAGAAUGGGCAUAACAUCCUGACUUCUGAGCGCUCUCAGACCACCAGAAACUCUGAUGGGACAUACUCUCUAAAGCACACGUUGCAGGUAGAAGCCAUAUCGGAUGAGAGCAUCUUUAGCUGCUUGAUGUACCGGUAUGAUCAGCAUCCAUAGAGCAUCAGCAUCACCCGGGGAGCACAGGCCUCCCAUAAGAGCAGAGUUAUCCCCAACAUUGAAGAUCAACACGGAGCCCCCGGAUAUCCGUGAUCACGGGCAACAAAGAGUGAACCUGACUUGCCAUGUAAAUAGCUUCUACCCCCAAAAUGUACAACUCAUCUGGAUCAAGAAUGGGAACAAGAUCCUGACCCCCGAGCUCCCUCAAGCCACUCUCUAAAACACACAUUGCAGGAAGAUGCCAUAAUGGAUGAGAGCAUCUUUAGCUGCUGGGUGUUCCAGUAUGACCAGCAUCCACUGUGUGUCAACAUCACCCUGGGAGCUCAAGUCUCCCAUAAGGACAGAGAUGUGUGCCUUAUCUCUUUCAUAUCCUCAGGGCAAUGUUGCUGUGGGAUGAUCCUUCUGUAUGCUGUGACUCUGUAUUACACUCAUUGGUUAAUAAUAAAUCUGUUUGGCCAAUAGCUAGGCAGGACAAUCCAACUGGGGACUGGGAUGAAGGAGGGCAGAGUUGAGAGCCAGCUGCCCAAGAAACAAGAUGCCAUAGGACCAGUAAAGCCACAGACUACAUUUCAGUACAUAGAUUAAUAGAAAUGGGUUAAAUUAAAAGUAAGAGCUAGUUAAUAAUAAACCUGAGCUACUGGUCAAGCAUUUUGUAAUUAAUAUAAGCUUCUCUGUGUUUAUUUGGGACCAGGUGGUCGAGACAAAAAAGCUCUGCCUCCAUUUACACAUUGUGGCUGAAGGGCUAGAGACUCAUGGAAACCUUUGGGGGAAAUGGAGAAAGGAAACCCUCCCUAAUGAGAAUGUUGUUGUAUAGCCACCCACAACUGCACCCACCCCUUUUCUUCCAGAUACUUCCAUCAAGAAAUAAGUCUCCUUUUAUGCACUCA